AUGGUCUCCACGCGACACCAUCCCCGUGAUUUCCCUCCUCCGCCGACGCCGUCAUCCGCGUCGACGCCCGACAACAACGCUGCCGCGGCGGCUGUGAAACCCUCGCCGACAACCGCUGCGACGAGUCCGACGACCAGCGGCACGAGUCGAAAAUGGGUGCACACGCCGUCCGCCGCGGUGACCAUCUGGCUCCUCGUGUCCGUGCCGCUGGUCCUCUGGGACGCGGGCUACGUGCUGCUGCGCCCGCACAGCAUGCCCGGCGGCAAGUGGCACUCGCCCAUCUGGACGCCGUACGCGCUGUACGGCACCAUCGACUACAUCUACGGCUGGCCGGCCUUCAACGCGCGCAACGGCUUCACCGCCGCCCAGACGGUGCUCAACCUGCUGGAGACGGCGUGCUACGUCUUCUACCUGGCGGUCAUCUAUCGGUACGGCGCGACGGUGACGACCGGAGGUCGCGCGUCCCAGAAGAAAGUCCGCAAGGGCUUGUCGUGGUUUUUGCUGGAUGAGAAGGUCGUCGUGGGUCGGAUUGGCGCCGUCGCCCUGCUGGUCGCUUUCAGCGGGAGCGUCGCUACGUUUAGCAAGACGGUUCUCUACUGGUUGAAUGAGGCUUUUUCAGGCUUUGACAACAUCGGGCACAACCCCAUUGGCACUUUGAUAUUGUAUUGGAUCAUACCGAACGGUGCCUGGCUCGUGUUUCCCGCUUAUAUGAUGUACGUCCUUGGCGAGGAGAUUGUCUUCGCUUUGGAAUCCGCUGCGCCGCGCUUAUGUCUGGCUGGGAGGAAUGAAAGAAAGAGACCCGCAGUUGUAUUCCGGAUAGCUGUUCAACUGAAUACCUAUAUCUUUCGAUUGCCUCGUAUCUGUCUACCAGACCAACACAUCAUGCGCACGGCAAACCUUGCCCACAUCUGCAUCUCUCUCGCCCUUGACGACAAAGGCAAUAAUCCCCCCGCCCACAUGGGGCUCCUGGGCUCCUCCGUUCCGGAGCGCCUGCGGAUCGCCCGACAGAUUCGUCGCAUUCAAGCCAGGAUCGACCCCGAAGACCUUGAACUUCUUGUUGCCGCCCUCCUCUUCCUCCUUCUGCAGGCGAUGCCAGUACUGCGCCAUGAUCAUGUUCAGCGCCACCUUGCUGGCCCGGUACGUCGUGCCCUCGGGGCGAUAGUAAGGGGACUUCGGGUCCGCCGCGUACGUGAUGGAGCUCACGCUCGAGCGGAGCAGACGCGGGGCGUCCGAGGCCCGCAGCAGCGGGAGGAAGGCCUCUGUGACGCUAACGGGGCCGACCGUGUUCACGGCCAGCGUCUCGCGGAGGUCGUCGCGCAUGCUGGGGUUGCGGCUGAAGAUGCCGGCGUUGUUCACCAGGACGUCGAGCCGGCCACUGGUCGUCGGGUCACGUCGAUCUGGAUCGCGGCGACGGUGCCCUUGAUGGCGGGGAGCGACUGCAGGUCCGAGACGACUUUGGCGCCUCGUUCGGGAUCUCGACUGCCGAGGAGCACGUGGUACGAGGCGGAGCUGAGCACGAGGUUUUUGGCCGCCUCGAAGCCGACUCCUUGGUUGGCGCCUGAGAGGCGUCAGCGAAUCGACGAUGAAUCUUGCUAUUUCGGACAUAUUACCGGUAAUGAGGGUGAUGAUCUGUUUCGAAGCCAUUGCUGUAUAACAGGAAUCCCAGAGGAAUUAAGGCGCCCAGAUCAUCUAUAUGACGGUUGCUGCUCAUGGGGGCGAUGCGCAGAGGAUCUCGUUUAUUCUUUUUGGUUAAACGAGGCGUUGAAAAUGGUCGAAGACGAUAUACCGGAUGGGUCUAAUGCGGAGAUAAUGGAGAUAACCCAGCUGAAGAAGAUCACCGCCAUCCAGGAGAGGUCGACCUCAGAUCGUCAGGGACUUGAGACAAGGCUGUCUCGAGUUAUUCUAGUCUCAUACUCCGCACUUUCAAUCUAUCUACCUUAUUGCGGUUGA